UUUUAAUUUGUAAACUUUUGCAGGCUAUUUUGUAAUUUGAAAAUGUUUCUCUCCGAAAACCCUAAUCUCCCUCGUUUCGUAGGAUAUAACAGGCUUAGCCGCACACCCCAUCGCCCCUCCCACCUUGGCCAUAGAAGGUUUUUCAGCGGAGCUCAGCCAUGGUAAUCUUUCUCUAGCUAACUCUCUUAAUUGUAUGGAUGGAUACCCAUACCAUUUUUCAUAUUCAAGCCGCUUCAAAAUUCGUUCUUGUAGGGUAUCGAUCUGGAAGCAGGAGGAAAGAGCAAGAAGACCAAGCGGACAGCGCCGAAAUCCGAUGAUGUUUACUUGAAGCUUCUCGUCAAGCUCUACCGGUUUUUGGUACGAAGAACAGGAAGCAAGUUCAAUGCUGUGAUUCUGAAGCGCCUCUUCAUGAGCAAGAUAAACAAGCCUCCACUUUCCCUCUCCAGACUGAUCUCUUUCAUGUCGGGAAAGGAAGGUAAGAUUGCUGUGUUGGUGGGCACCAUUACAGAUGAUAUCAGGGCUUAUGAAGUCCCAGCAAUCAAAGUUUGUGCAUUGAGGUUCACCAAAACUGCAAGGGCAAGGAUUGAGAAAGCUGGUGGAGAAUGCCUGACUUUUGACCAAUUGGCUCUUAGGGCUCCAUUAGGUCAAAACACGCUUCUACUCAGAGGCCCAAAGAAUUCACGGGAAGCAGUAAAACACUUUGGUCCGGCUCCUGGUGUUCCUCACAGUCACACCAAGCCAUAUGUGCGUGCUAAGGGAAGAAAGUUUGAGAGGGCUAGGGGUAAAAGAAACAGCAGGGGAUACAAGGCUUAGUUUUUUUCAUUAUAUUGGUAUCAAUAUUAUCAAGUUGUUAUCAAGUUGUCUUUUGUAUCUUUGAUUUCAAAUUUUGCUAAGACUUUAGUUUGCUGUUAACAUUACCUUCUUUCGUGUUAUUGUGCUUAUUUACUAUAUAAGUGAUAGAACCUUUGCAUCAAUUUUGUCAUGGAUUGUCCGUUGUCUCAAAAAACAAUGAUAUUUCCAUCCAAUGUUUCUCUAUAUGUUGAUUUAUUUAUUAGUGUA